CUAAUUUCUUAUAAAUAUACCUAGUUAGAAGUGAUAAUGGUGCUAUCAAGAAAAUACGUUGUACAAACUCCUUUCGUAGGAGAACCCAAAAAGAGUGAUUUCAAAAUAGUUGAAGAGGUUCUUCCUGAAAUUGAGGAAAAUGAAUUUCUUGCUGAAGCAGCAUUCAUCAGCGUUGAUCCUUAUCAGCGAAUGAAACUUGGUGCAACUUAUCCAUGUGACAUGAUUGGAGGUCAGGUAGCUAAAGUGAUAGAAAGCAAACAUGCCGAGUAUCCAGUAGGGUCAUGGGUAAUGGGGCACUUCGGAUGGAGAACCCAUACGAUUACAAAGCCCGAAAAUGAGAAGUUCUGUGGGCAAAAACCGUAUCUUUACAAAUUACCUGACUUUGGAGAUCUGCCAGUGUCGUUAGCACUUGGUGUUUGUGGAAGAGUAGGAAAUACUGCCUACUUUGGUUUUAAAGAGAUCUGUCAGCCUAAAGCUGGGGAAACAGUGGUGGUUUCCGGUGCAGCGGGAGCAGUCGGCUCCCACGUCGGACAAAUUGCUAAGAUUCUAGGAUGUAGAGUUGUUGGUUUUGCUGGCAGUGACGAAAAGUGUGAAUGGCUAAUCAAAGAACUAGGAUUCGACUGCGCCGCCAACUAUAAGACUACGAAUCUAGCAGCAUUUCUUAAAGAGGCUGCUCCAAAAGGUGUAGACUGUUACUUCGACAAUGUUGGCGGGGAAAUUAGUAGCAUUGUCAUGUCACAAAUGAAUAACUACGGCAGGGUUGCAGUCUGUGGAGCUAUUUCAGGUUAUAAUGAAACCGAUCCCGAAAAACGAAAAGCAACCAUGCUUCAGGGAUAUAUUGUUGGAAAACAACUUAAAAUAGAAGGUUUUCAAGUUAAUAGAUUUGCUGACCGCACAAUUGAAGGUAUAAAUCAAAACUUAAAGUGGGUACGAGAGGGAAAACUAAAAUACAAGGAACAUAUCACUGAGGGUUUUGAAGCUGCUGACAACGCUUUCAUUGGCUUGUUCAGAGGAGAUAACAUUGGUAAAAGUUUGGUAAAAGUGAAAUGAUGUGAAAAUCAAAUAACUAAUAAAAAUGUAAUUAAAGUUUUAC